GUCACUAGCUAUCCACAUCAUUCAAUACAAAGGGAAAACAUGUACAAGAAGUCAUUUAUCAAUUUAUUAAGAGGGUUUUUUUUUUAUAUCAAAUGGCUAAUUCAAUCAAAUAUCUGAUGACUCUCCUCUGUAGAAAAUGAUGAAAUAAACCUGGCUAACUAAACCUCUCACUUGUACGAAGUCGCAUAGACUUCUAUUAAAAGAGUAUUCAAUCUACAAGCCAUCAAAGUAAAACUAAUCGUGGGCCGCCCAGUUCGAGACCCUCAUUGGGAGUAAAGGUUGAUAAAUAUCCAAGUUAUAGUUAUACAGGGGUAAUCAGAUAGCAGAAGUCUUUCAGUAGAGCCCACUGUACUCAAUGUCAUCAAAAUGCAUGCUCUGACCGAUUUAAAAUCUGCACUAUCAGUUUUUUUUUUUUAAAUGUGUAUACUACAUGUGAAACUCAACUCAAUAGCAAAACAAAAGAAACUAUAUCUACAAAAACACUGAAAAGAUCUGCGGUCAUGACAAAAUUCACAAAAAAAAGAAAGAAAGAACACAAUAAAAAAUAAAAGAUUAUGAAAUUAUCAGUAUCACAAAAGCUUAUCACCAAAAGAGGUCUUACUUGGAACAUGCAUAUGCAGGAGUGAUAACACUUAGAUUUCAACCUCUCCCUUUCGUGUGUUAAUUACUUUACUUACAAAACGUUUCUUUAAAAAAAAACAUGCAUAUAAAUAGGUACUGGUAAAACACUGUACUCUAACCAAUGGUAAACAACAUUAAAAGACUCAGUAAACAAUAUAAUUCCUUCAAGAUAUAGAGUUCAGUUACUGAAAGCAAGCUAAUAUUAAUACUCAUCCAUAAUGUAAUUUACAUAUUGACACCCUAUUUACAUUUAAUACAUUUUAUGCCCAUACCGUAACCGGAGGGGGCAUUAAGUGUUAGCCUUGUCCGUCUGUACGUCCGUCCGUCACAAAAUUGGUUUUCGUUCUCUAACUUUAGUUUGUCUCAGCCAAAUGGUAUGAAACUGAUACACAAUGCUUAUUACCACAAAACACAGACCAAGUUCGAAUUUGGGUGGUGUCACUUUUACCGUUCUCUUUAUAUAAUUAUAUGCAGAGUGGGAGGGGCAUCAUGUCCCAUGGACACAUUCUCCAGUUAAUUUAGAUUGUUAAGCACUCUUUCACAAUUGUUGAACUUGAUAAGCUGUAUUCAUAAAAUAAAAGUUUGUUGUUUAUUUAGCAUUUCUUUUCUUUUAGCUCCUGUUGAUAUUGCCAACAAAACACACUACAAAACCCAAAGAAGAGUAUACCAGAACAAAAUGUAUAACUAGUUAUAUCCGAUAGAAGAUAUUUAGCACUUUCGAAAUUCCAGCAAGAUGGUUAUGAUAAACAGAAUAGAUACAUGUUAUAAUGGAUUCAUAAAAUAGGCAUUUAGCCAUGGCAAAAAGUUACAGUUGUGUUCUCUGCAAUAAGACACACCUAACAGUGAAUAACAGAAGAACUAUAAUAAAUGAAAAAUUAAGAGAUUAUCUGGCCAGGACUCUUAAAAGGAAUGUUGAGAAUGCAACUAUAUGCUUGAAAUGCAGGGCACAAGUAUACAGAGAUAUGAAAACAGUGAUGAACUCACCACAGAUAAGACAAGGUAUAGCAACUUGCCAGUCAAACGAUGAUGAUGAUCCAGAUUUUUUAGCAGAGGAAACAUUACCAUCAGAACUAAUUAGCCCGAAAUCUAUACAGUUAAACCUUUCAUCUACAUCUAAAUCACAUAGACGUUGUACUGUUUGCCAGAAAAAUAGCAGUAAUCGACAUCGACAGGUAGUUGUACCGCAUGAGGCUCGAACUCAGGCUUUCAUUGACAAAUGUAUUGUUAUACCAGCAAAUAGCAGAUGCUGUCCAAAUCAUCUUUUGGGAAACUAUUUUACACAGGAGUCUAUUUCAAAUAUACCAGAGGUAAAUAACACUAUACUUUUUAAUAGAAGUGACAUCACUGAACUAUUAAACAGGGUUCGAGGAACAUUGACAUUAAAUGGCAAACUUAAUUUUGAUUGUUCACACUCAUUGUCAGAGGAGGACUACCAGCGACUGACUGGUUUAACCAGGAAUCAGUUCGAAGCUGUUGCAAAUACAGUAACUGACCUAAGAAAAUCUGAAAUAAGAUCUGUAAAGACAUGUUUGGCCAUUCUUUUAGUUAAACUUAGGACUGGACUCUCCAACUCCAUUUUAGCUACAUUAUUUUCAUUGGAAAUACACCAAAUUCAAAGAGCGACACACGCAGCUAGAUCAUCCUUGAUGAAGUCAUUCGUGCCUUCGUUUCUUGGCUUUCAACAUAUGUCCCACGACAAGUUCACUAGGGACCACACCACUCCAACAGCGAGAACUUUGUUUGCAGAUAAUCAACAAGAUACUGGGAUUCUUGUCCUUGAUGGGACUUACAUUUACCUACAGAAAAGUUCCCACCAUCAUUUUCAAAAGCAGACAUACAGUAUGCAUAAAGGGAGGUCAUUAGUCAAGCCCAUGAUGAUUGUCGCUACAGACGGUUAUAUUCUUAAUGUCCUCGGCCCAUAUUAUGCUGACGGUCAUAACAAUGAUGCUUCUAUCAUAAAGCAUGCAUUUAAGACUAAUGCUGAUGAGAUUAACACAUGGAUGCACGAGAAUGAUGUCAUGGUUGUAGACAGAGGAUUCCGUGAUGCAGAAGAGUUUUUGAAAAAAAUGAAUUUCAAAGUUGAGAUGCCUUGUUUUCUUUCUAAGGGAGCAAAACAACACACAGUUGAUGAAGCGAAUAGAACGCGACUGGUGACUAAAGUUCGCUGGGUAGUGGAAAGUGCAAAUGGUAGAAUAAAACAGUGGAAAUUUUUGGAUAAAGUUGUUGCCAACCACUACGUGCCACACAUUGGGGACUUUGUAAGAAUUGUCUGUGCACUUGUCAACUGUUUUAGACCGCCUCUUAUAAAUGAUUUCGGCAAUGAUGACAUAGGUAAAGAAAUGAUUGAAAAGGCACAACUAGACAACCAUGUAAAAACAUAUGUAGAGGAGCACAACCUUUUGAGAAGAAAAACUGUCUACAAAGAAGUUGAUGGUGCGACUGAGCUUGAUAUGUUUCCCAGAAUAUCUCUAGACCAUCUUAGACAAAUUACAAUGGGUAUUUACCAAAUCAAAUCAGCUAAAAGGUACACGGAUGCCCAUCAGGAGGACGAGAACUAUGCAUUGUUCAUUUGCAAGGAUAGGCCAGAUCUGUUGCGAGUAAAGAUGCACUCUCGCCAUUCAUCUUCAAGAUGCUACCAUUUGUGGUUGGAGUACGAUGAAAAUGAAGUCACUGGUUGGUACUGUACUUGUAAAGUUGGGUCACGUAUGGUUGGGUGUUGUGCCCACAUCGCAAGCGUUGUUUGGUAUCUUGGAUAUCAUAGGUGGAAUAUUGGGGCUGCUCAAUCUGUCAAUGCUUCCGGAAAGUUUUCGAGUUCCAUACUCAAUGCUAAAGAUGUUCCUGAAGAGUCCGACCUGUCUGACGUAGAAAGUGUUGAUUCAUAUAUAGAAGAAUAACUUACAAUCAUAAUGAAUUUAACCGUAGCUAAGAAUGACUUGAACAAACGCCUCGCAACUAUUCUUGUUUAUUUGUAAGAUGUACAUUGCUGUUAUAAUCUAAAAUGAAUGAAGGUCAUUUAAGUGUCACUGUUUUCACAUUCCAUAUGUCAUCACAUUUAUAUAAUUUUUCUGAAAAAAAGCACUUUUUAACCACGAGAUUUAUUUUAUCUAACUUGUAAUGGCUGUUUUCUAAAACCUAACUUGAAGAAUGGCCACCAAUCUUUUCGGUGUCUCGUUGGAACAUGUUUGAGUGUGAGAAGUGGAAGACUUGAUUUGGUAUUUAUUUCAAUUUUUCGCUUUGUUUACACAUGUUUUUGUUGCAGACAUACCCACUGGACAAUACACAUGUCGCUUUGUAUAAAUCAUUACAUUGUCGUGUUUGGUCAAGUGUGUCGUGUAACUGUGUCUAUUUCCCUUGAUACUAUUGGCCACAACAUUAACAUACUGUAAAAGGACGUUUAAGAUAUCUAAUCAAUUUAAAAUGUAGAGUUUUCGUAAAAUAUUUCAUUCCAAGUACAUAUGUAUAAUUAUCUUUCCAUAUACACAUAAGUGUCCCAUUCUGUAUAAAAUAAAGAGAUGUGGUAUGAUUGCAAAUGAGACGAGACCAUAUGUGUUAAUUUCAAGAAAUCUAGCAAUAUAUUUUUUUAGAGAAAAAUGAAAUAGUUCAUGGAGUUCACCUUCUUUAUGCCUAUUUCUUUUAUUUAGUAAGUGUUGACCAAGAACACUGAACUUUGCAUUCGCUAUUACGUAUUUAAAAUGUCCCUGUAAUUGGUUAACAGUUCACCAACAGAUAAAAAAUUGAAUUCUAGCAACACGCUUUUGUUACAAAUACAGAAAACUUCCUGAUCUGUUACUCAAUUUUCAAUAGUAUUUUUAAUCUCUUUGUGUUUUAAUGUAGUUUACAAAACGGUAGGGUCAAUGCUUUAUUUUUGAUUCUUACUAAUAUUUAUAAAGAUAAGUGUCACUUAAAAGCUUUUUAAUGUUACUCAAUUUGUUAAUAUUGGUUAAUUACUGUUGAUGGAAUCAUAAAAGUUCAUGUGAAAGUGUAUGUACGAGAAUGAAAAAUUGUAUGAACAAGAUCCAUUUGAAUUAUUUUGUAUGUGAUUGCAGAUUGUUUAAUAUGAAAUUGUUACUUAUCAAUGCUUAUAAGUGCGAGUGUAUGAAUGAAAUCUGAUAUGAAAAAAACGAUUAUAUUUAAUUAACGUUCUUAAAUUCAUACAUUAACACAAACUAUGAUUAUAAUUUAAACUAAAAGCAAACAAUGUUGGUAUGACGAUCUUCUCUUCUGGAUAUGCUUUAGCUGGAUGUCAGUAUGAUAACUGUGUUGUUUAAAUGUAUAUAAUACUAUUUUCUGUUGGAAAAUUAUAUAUAUGCACAUGCUAGGUUGUUGAUAGUUACUAAAAAAGUUAUAACUGAACUGUCUUUUUAUUUCUUUCUUUCUAGUCUUCUUGUACAGAACUGGACAAUCUAUUUAUUUGUAGAAUAAUAUGAAAAUACUAGUCUAGUUGUCUUUAAUCUUAACAUGAUUGAUAGUUGCUAAGCAACAUUUGUGUUGCUAUACACAAUAUGGACUUCAUAAAAAAAGACUAUUGAAUAAGAUAUUCAUAUCAUAGUGUACUCCAUAUGUGAAAGUAAGUUUUUAAAAAUAGCAAAAUUCAUACUUGAGAUAAAAAAAGAAUCGUUAUUAAACCGUUGCUAUGCACUAUUUUGGUUGAAACGUUGUUGAUAAACAUGAACUUCAAUUAAAAUUACUUUUAUUUCUUA